AUGGCCCUUAGGUUUUACCCUUCUGGAUGCUUCCUGCCUGCUGUCUCUCCUUCAUGCAAGAAGAUGAGCAGCAGCAGCAGCAGCAGCAACUCCACCUCCUCUAUUCCUAUGACUUGUACUACUACUACUACUACUACUACAUCCGUCAGGGCCCUCCGCACAUCCUCUCCUUCCACCUCGUCUCCUGAUCUCUUCUCUAAAUCCCCCAUGCGAACCGCAGAGGAGCUGGCCUCACUUCUCGGCCUCGAGAUGGCCGUUGCCGGUCUCGAGCGCCUUUUCAGGGAGUCUGAUCCCCCGGUCUCCCCCGGUCACCACGGCCGUCCCGUCCGCGUAGCCUACCAGGGUGUCCGCGGCUCCUACUGCCAGGAGGCCGCCACCAUGGCCUUUCCCCCUUCCUUCCUCGCCUCCGAGGCCUUUCCUUGUGUUAACAUGGAGGAUGCCUUCUCUGCUCUUGAGGACCGUACCGCCGACCGCGCCGUCGUCCCCGCCGAGAACUCCCUCGACGGCCCCAUCGAUCGCAACCUUGAUCUCCUCCUCCGUCACCCAGCCGUACGGAUCGUUGGAGAGCUUAUCCUCCCUGUCAACCACUGCCUGCUUUCCCUCCCGGGCGUUCAGAGAUCCGGUCUCCGCCGUGUUGUCAGCCACCCACAGGCCCUAUCCCACUGCGCGGAGGGACUCCGAGCUCUGGGCGUGGAGGUCGAGGAGGUUUCCAACGCUGCCGAAGCCGCCCAAUUCGUGGCCGAGAACCGGAUCGCCGACACCGCCGUCAUCGGGAGCGAGAUCGCGGCCAGCGAGUUCGGGCUCCAAGUACUGGAACGCAACUUCCAGGACAGGAGGGCCGGUAACUAUAACCGCUUCCUCCAGUUGGGUAUGGGCCUGGGCUCAAAGACAUGCUCGCCGCCACCAAGAUCCAGCGGUGGGGCCCAUAAAACCACGGUGGCCUUUUCUCUGGAAAGAGGUGUAUCCGAUCUAUUCCAGGCCAUGUGGGCCUUCGAGAGCCGAGGAGUUAGGGUGACCCGCGUCCAGCACCGCCCGAACCGGUCGAACCCGGUCAGGCUUGUGCAAAGGGACGGGGUGGUCGGCGCCACAAGAUACUUUGACUAUGUCUUCAUUGUAGACGUGGAGGGUAGCGACUCGCAUGUUGGCGUCCAAGCCGCGAUCAAUCAGCUGCGAGCCAUCGCCGGUUUCGUCCGUGUGCUUGGAUCCUAUGUUUCUGCAUGCGUCGGAACUUCAAGUUAA